AUGAGCCUAUUGCGUGCUGUCGAGCUGUACGGCGAUCAUGCCGUGAGUUCAUCUAGCACUCGUACCACAAACCAGGCCAGUUUUGGAAGCGACGCAAACCGCAAGUAUAGGGAAGCAGUCCGACAACUGCCUUCACAGGCCUGUAUGGAGCCCUUGGUCCAAACCUUCUUCUCUGAAAUCAAUUGGCAGUAUGACCUGAUUGAUGAGAAGUCGUUUAAGGAUCAACUGGUUGCAUGGAGAGGGAUUUCUUACUCCGACCUUCAAGCAGACGUUGGAAGCUUAGCACUCGAAACCUUUGUUUUCCCAGCAUUGCUAUUUCAAGUCCUCGCACAUGCCCUUCUUUUUCAUCCCCCUGAUGAUCAAACGAUCAGUUCUCUCAUCACCAUGGCUGGUAUGACCUUCCAUGAUCUUGGAGGUGAAUAUAGUGAUACAGGUGCUGAUUUACUCGCACGACUGGAGAAAAAGAAUAUAACACUAUCUGCGGUACAAGCAGGCUUGCUACGAGCCUCAUUUUUGAAAAGCAGUGGUAAAGUGAUUGAAGCAUGGCAUACAAUUGGCGCAGUAAUUCGCGAUGCACAGGAUAUUGGCCUACAUACCGGAAGAGCAGUAUCUGAUCGAUCUCCAGUGGAGACUAAAUGCAAGGGAGAAGGUGUCAACCUCGUUGGCCAUAGAGCCUGGGUGGUUUUGCAUAUUUGGGAUGUCCACAUGGCUGUCGUUCUCGGGCGACCAAUCGCCACCGAUUUUCAGAUCGAUCACUUCGCUCGCACAAUUGGAGAUGAGGAAACACGGCAGAAUUUGUUUUCGCAUUGGCAAUCCGAGACUGAUCCUCCUCGGCCAUUUGAUAUAAUCCUUGCCGGCUACAAUGUAGCCUAUCGAUAUUUCAAGGAUAUUCACCAACUGGAAAAUAACGGUGCUAACUCAAAAGACUAUUCUGUUGUUGAAAAUAUCAGCGCCGCAAUCAAAGAAAACCUGGAGCUUUUGCCCUCUUGGUGUCAUUUGGAACACCCAGAUACGAAAUUCGAUCAGUUACUCGGCUGUCAAUGGCUGCCUGUUGCUAGAGACGGACUGUCAUCUCUCAUCCACUUCGUUAUUCUCGCACUUCAUCGACCUUUCAUAUUCUCGGUUGCCAACAGUCGUACGGAGGCCCUGAAGGCUGGUAUAUCUAUUCUUCGCGCACAAGAACGACUGUUUGAACAGUUAGAGCCACGUCAGCGUAAAGUAUUCAAUUUUGUCUAUGCUUCUUUCGACGCGAUUGUGCUUAUCACAGCACUCUGCUUUUCUUUUCCGGAAGAAAAUCACGGACAAAAAGCAGAGUGUAUUGAAAUUAUUGAAAAGGGGAUAAAAAGACUGGGUAUAAUUGGCGAGUCCAAUAUCAUGGCAAGGUCAGCACAUGGUGUUGUGUGCAGCUUAUACCUUCGCUUAAGACAUCGGCUUGGCAUCUUCGAAGCCACUCAAGAUGCUACAGCAACUUUCACCAACCCGAUUGGGAUUCCUUCCAGCAAUGAAAAGGUGUCAGAAUUCUCUUUCGACGCCGUGUUACCUCCAUGUCCUACGCAUGAUCUAUUCUUCGACCAUCUCUCGACUACACCAUUACCGUUUACAGAUACAUUACAGACUUCUGUCUUGGACCCGUUCACGGCGAACGCUGCGGAUGGAUUGGUUUUUGAAGGCGAUUUCUCAGAUAACAGCUUUUGGAGUUUGAUGAACGGACUUGGCCAUUAA